AUGCAUUUCGACCCUCCCCCCAAAAAUGCGCCGGCCGAGUCCGCGCUGCUAAGUCGCCGCCGCAAUCGCAAAUCCCAGUCGGUGCGCCCACAUGCGCCGGGCCACACGACCACCGACCCGACGUCGCCGGAGGUCAUGAACUCUCUCAUCACGUCACUCUCUACAAUCUCAGUUCCCCUGAAGACUCAUUUCGACAACGUGCCCCGAAUCGACACCGAUUCCGAUCCUGGACUGCCCGAAGUACCACAGACUGCGCCGUGUUUCUCCAAUCCUCAUUCAGACCAUGGAUUUGGUAUGAGUUACGGUGCCUACAAGACGGGCGAGGUUGGUUCGUUUCUACAUCCCGAUGACGCUGCCGUAUCGCCAGUCAUUCGCAUGGCCAGAGCACCCCCGUCCCCCAAAUCUCCCAAGUCACCUAGGUCGCCCAGAUUCAAACCUUUCAAAUCCGCUGCUUCAUCACCUGCUCGUCCGGCCUCGAGAGAAUCCUACAGCUCCGUCAGAGCCGUCCCGGAAGAUUCCAUAUUCGGAACGAUCACCACAGAGCCCGGUCCCCGUCUCUCAACCGCUCCUAGCGUUGCAUCCAGUGGCUCUUUCGGGCGAUCAAAGAGUCUCAGAAGCCAAUUUGGUCUGAUGAAGAAGGCAUCGCGAGAGUUCACUAGCGAGAAGGAAUCACAGGCGGAUCGCUUGCGCACCGCAAGCAGCCACAACGAUAGCCUUCGCCAUAAUACCCCACGCAGUCGAGCCAGCAUGCGCUCUUUGCGCUCCAUGGCCGAUGUGGCUGAGGAGGAGCGCCCGAGUGGUGUGAUAGAAGAGCCAUAUGAGGAGGUCGCUGAGUUGGCUACGAGUACUCCACCAACCCAGGAGCAGUCCCUCCAGACUACUCCGGACCUUGGAAACAAUCCCGGGGGAAUCGGCAGUGGCAGAAUCAUCCCCAAUCGAGACUCGUCGUUACGACAUCGGCAUAGUCCUUCUUCAAGCACAAGGAAGCGCCGGUCCGCUCGUCACAGUCGAUAUUCUUCCACUACCAGCAAGGAUUCGGAUGCAGAAAAUGGCCUUCCCGGGUCAAGCAAUGAUGCCGAGCAGGUGACGCGCAGAAUCCAGGAAUUGAAAGAACAGCAACAGCAAAUCAAGACCGAGCUGGAAGUGGACGACAGCCCAGGCAAAGCACCCAGAACAACGACGAAGGUGACUCUCCUCAAACAGUCGAAGGUUCUUCCACGGACCCCUAGUGAGAUCGACUCAGGUCGCGCAACUCCGAAUGGGUCCAAGGACGGCCGACCUCCGUUUAACGACAGUGCUCCGUCUCCGUCUGUCAUGACCGGCAAGAGCCGAUCUUCCCGGAAUGGAGCACCACUGGCAUCUAAGCCAACGAAUUUCUCGCCGCAAGUGUCCAAAUCCUCAUUGGAUAAACGCGAGCAUGCGAAAGUUCGAUAUCGGCGUUCUCUCGAGCCCGGAACGCCUACCAAACACCACCGACGGGCACCGUCCAAUCCCGUGUCCCCCAUUCGUCGUGCUUCACUCAGUCACGAGCGGCCAUCUAGUGCGGAUUCGAUCGACUAUGCCGUGGAUGAGUACAUCCUCUCCCCAAAGUUGACCCAAAAAGUGAUCCAUCCGACUACCGGCCGCACCAUCGCCUUCUCCGAAGUGGGAGAUCCCAAGGGCCAUGUUGUGUUAUGCUGUCUCGGCAUGGGCCUGACCCGAUAUCUCAUGGCCUUUUAUGAUGAAUUAGCCCGAACCCUCAACCUCAGACUGGUCAGCUUGGAUCGCCCCGGUGUGGGUGAAAGUGACCCGCACCGAGUUGAUGAGUCGACUUCCCCUCUCAGCUGGCCCGAUGAUGUCGCGAUCGUUUGCAACUACCUCCGAGUGACCAAGUUCUCCAUUCUGGCCCAUUCCGCCGGGGCAAUCUACGCUCUCGCAACGGCGCUCCGAAUCCCGCAACAUAUCCGCGGCCGCAUCCAUCUCCUGGCUCCGUGGAUCCCUCCAUCGCAACUGUCCAGCAUUGGCUCUCAAAAAGAACCCGCGCCCAACAAUGCGGUUCCCUACUCUCAGCGCAUCCUUCGAGCACUGCCAACGUCCCUCCUGAAAGUUGCCAACACCAGCUUCAUGAGCGCCACGAGUGCCAGCAUCACCACCAGCCUGCCCAAGUCUCCUCGCAAAGCCAAACGCAAGCCUUCUGCUAAAGACACUCCCGUCGCAAAUACUGGGCCUACAAAACCUAACGGAACGUCCCCUGUAGCGGCCCAUUUAACACCCGAAACGAACGAGAAAGACCUUCCUCCAACGCCGGGAAUGCCCAAUACCACCAUACAAAACGGGGCGCGGAAAAGCGAUGCCACCCUUGGCUCUCGAGCCAAGUCUCCCUCGGAAGAACUCGAGCGCCAGCGGGAUUACGAUACGCGGCUCACGCAUCGCAUCUGGGAGCUGGCUACCACGAAUGCCAACCCAGCCGUUGAUCUGCUGAUCUGUCUUGAGCGUCGGCAGACAAUUGGUUUCCGCUACGUCGACAUCACCCGGUCGGUGGUGAUCCAGCAUGGCAGCAAAGAUACCCGCGUGCCGGUGGAAAAUGUCCAAUGGCUGGGCAAGACGAUGCGGCGCUGCGAAGUCCGCAUUCUCGAAGGCGAGGGCCACGGUCUGAUGGCCUCUGCCGGCGUGAUGGGCGGUGUCCUGACGGAGAUCGCUAAGGAGUGGGAAGACUGGACGACCAUUGUGCAAGGUAAACGCAAGCAAAAUGCUCAGAAUUCCGCGCGCCAGGGGCUGGCGAUUUCUACAUGA